AUGGCGACGAUGCAGCUACAGAAAACCCGCAUGGCGCAGACGAAGACCAAAACCGCCAUGACACAGAAGCAGAGCCUCGAAGUCGUUCAGACCUUACUCCACGGUGGCCUGAGCAGUCUGGCCUAUCUGCGGAGCUGGUUCGCCGAAAAGGCGUUCAAGCAACAGAUCUACUCGGCCGGGUCCGGUGGUGACCGCAUUCCAUCCUACCAAGCCUAUGUCAGCGGCAACCUGCCCAAGAUCUCGGGUCGCGAAGAUGUAAUGCAUACAAUCAUGAAAGUGCUCUGUCGGAAGCGAAGCAAGCGGGUCGAUGUGUUCCUCGACUGGCUAGAAAAGGGUGUCUUCGUCGCCUUGAAGGAGGGCACACUGAAGGCUCUCCAGGUCUACGUCCACACGGAUCCUGAUGAUAGAGAAAAGGUCGUGGAGACCUAUACAUUCACCAUUAAAUACCACCCGGACGGGCGGGGAGGUCGUUUGUAUGCAGGCAUCGAAAUUGACAGCCCAGGGAAAGCCAGUGCCACUGUAGAAGCCACCAAUCGCUCUUUGCAGGUCCUGUUGCGCCAGAUCAUUGAAAUCUGUAAUGAACUUCCGGAACUGCCUGAGAAACGCUUUGUCUCGAUGGCGCUUUUUCAUCUUGAGAACAUCAAGGAUUUCAAGGCACCAGGCUUCGAGCCCAGCACCGCAAGGAAUCUUCUCUUCGCUCGAACGGAAGGGUGGGAAAAGCAAACUCGCUUUCUGGACGACCUUGAAUCUGCCUUCCAUAGCACAUCACUCAAAGUCUCGCACUUGAAUCAGCCAGCACUUCGUGCAAUCUCAUCUGUUGCAGAGCCUUCUCGCAUUCCCUCGAUCCUGGAGUACAGCUCGAACGGUACUAGGGAGGCUGAGAUCCCAGACAUGCGAGAUGUGCUCCCUGAUGAUAUUUCCACCGUCUUCCCAGUGGGCGACACCGAGGUGGACCCGACAACGCCUGCGCCCACAUCAGCACUGGCUAUCCAGCAGGUUGAGCAUGAGACACCGCCAGCAGGUGAUCCUACUCCUGUGCAAGCAAAUUUUCCAGCGGGCCCAACAUUGACAGCAAACAUCGAUACUCAGUCCAGUGACGUUCCCAACAUGAAGAAGGCGUUGCAGGGCAUGAUGAGGCCCGAGUACUUAAGCCAAGGAGACACUCAGACCCAAGCGAUGCAACCUGCUCCUGUGGUGGAGCCCUCCGCGUCUGCACAGCUGACACUUUUGCCCGACAUAGCCCGGCAGCUUCGACUGAACAAGGUGAAGCUCGAAAGAACAGCUCUGAAUUUGGCAGGUGUCACGCGAAGAAAUUCGAAAGAUAGUGAUAUUUUACUAUGUCAAUGCGGUGACCGAGAGGAAGAAGGUGAUAUGAUCAAUUGCUCCUUUUGUGGAACUUGGCAACAUCUCCACUGCUACGGCUUCACGGGUUCUGCAGAUCCUCGAAUGCCAGAAGAUCACGCCUGCUACCAAUGCCUUCUAAGUGGCCACGAAGAGCAGCUCCAAUCUAAAAUGAAGGAUCUGGCCCAGAAGCGCCGAGCGAUGAGUUUCGCGCUUCAACAUGUCCUCAGAUUGACCAAUGAAGAGCUUGCCAAAUCCAUGGACAUUUCCAUCAGCACGGCCAAGACUAUCCUCAAUUAUUUCGUAGCCGAAGGCUUUGUGACGACCCCGAGCGGCACGCAUAGGAAUAGCUUCCCGGUGCCGAACAAGCCGUACUUUGUGCCCGUGCAAGAAGGUCCAACGUACGACAAACUGCAGCAAGAGCUGUUCGACCCUCUCAGGCACAUCAACAGCUUCUACGCCAACGUUCCGACGACCCUGUCGACCACUGUAGCGAGGCAACUGCGCUCUUUACGGGCCAUGAGCAUGCCACCAGCAGCAACGCCCGCUUCGCCAUCGCGGAAGAGAGCUAUUGCAACCCCAGUACCUGCUCUGAGUGCCCACCCGCACUUAGCUAAGCGGCCGACAGAUGAUGUUCCUCAGUCGGACGACAUAUUUUCUACGCCAGCCAAGCGCCAGGCAAGGGCCACCCCGAUUUAUCGACGUUUCCGCAGCGUACAAACCACAGCCAUCUUGAACGCGGACGGCCUCUCCAGUCCGUCUCUAUAG